AUGUAUAAGUCAUCAACACGAAAAGUAGUACCUGUGGAUCCAUUAGAGUGGCAAAUAUCACAGGACACAGCAUGUAACAUUGUUGCGCGCGUAGCUAAUACUGUUGGAGCAGCUAAAUCCGUUCUGCGGGUUGCAGCAACCGGACAUGACAAGAGGCUAUUUCUUAGGGUUGUGGUCUGUCUUUACUUCUUGGCAGCUCUAGGACGAAUCAUGUCGGGGGUUACCAUUGCCUAUGCAGGACUAUGUUUGUUCUGUCUCUCCAGGCUUUUUCAGAGUUCCGAUCGAAACUCCGUAUUGAACCGAAGAAACCGAGAGAUUUUGGAACGAGAAACACCUUCGGAGUUCUGAUGUACAAUCAAACUAUCUGAACUUGUUCUCUUCUUAUUUUUUUGUUCUUUUUCCACCACCCAUGUUCAUAGCUUUGGAUAGUUGUAAUAAUUCUUGCAGUUCCUAAUUAAAUAAAUAUUUUUCCUAA